CCUUGUCUAAAGAGUCACACCGUUUCGCUUUCAACAGAAUCAAAAAAGGAUUUCUCAGAUUGGCUCAUGAAAUAUCAAACGUUGAUAAUAAAACUGACAUACAGCUGACGUUUAAAAAUCCUGAAAUUGUGUUUUUCAAGAAGUUCAUAAAUGCCAAAUAUCAUUCUCCAUAUACUUUCUCUAUACAGUGAAUCAAGGUAAUGAACAACAGAAAGGAUACGGUUCUUCCUGGUAGUUUCUGAAAAACCAGUUUUACUUAACUGCAUUCAGUGAAACCCAUGUCUACAUCAAGGACGGGUUUUAUCUUUGGUGACUCUAGUUCACGUAUUCAAGAUUGUUCUCAGGUGCAGUGCCCAGGACCAUUGAUGUACUACAAGGAUGUCGGCUGUACUCCUGUGUACAAGAACGAAGGAGAUUGUUGUGCCUACAAAUACAAUUGUGACCAUUUAAAUGCUAGAUCGCCAAACAAGUGUUACAUUAACAAUAGCAGCUACAACAUUGGAGAAAGUCUCAGGGAAGAAGAUGCGAAUCCCUGUGACAUUGGAUGUUCCUGCAGAGACGGAAGAAAUUCAGCACAUUUCACAUGCGCCAUCGUAGACUGUUUCUUCGGGCCCGUUCAGCCAGGUUGUUACAGGAAACGUAACGUCACUGAAUGCUGUCCAGGUCCAGUGAUUUGUCCUGAAGAUAAAUCAGAGAUCCCCAUGUGCGUUGUGGAUGGUGUAACGUACAGGGACGGAGAAUUCUUCACGCCAAAGAAUGAGCCAGAGAAAAGUUGCACGUGUCAGGAAGGCUAUACAGGUCAAAAUAUUGAGCCAUUCUGCAUAACUCCGAGCACUAUAUGCGGUACAGAUUUGCAUCAUAACGAAGAUAUUGCCGAGAGAUGUAUUCCAACGUAUUACGCUACCCAAAAUCCUGCUACCAGUUGCAGUGUAGCUUGGCGAUGUCAAAACUCAAACGAUACCGUAAUAUCAUAUAAAAGUAAAUCCGCAUCCCCUGAGGGAGACUCUUCUGGUGAAAAAGAAGGUAUGACCUGCACAUUCGGUAACCUGACUAUGAAUGUCGGGGACGAGCUUAAUCAAGGUACAGAUUAUAGUUCGGUAUGCGUUAAAUGCGUUUGCGAAAUUCCACCUACACCAACGUGUCAACGUCUUGAUGACAAUGAAUGCGAUGUUACAAAUCAUUCUCUAGGUGGUAAAUGAUUCUUGAGAAAUAUAUGAUCGAGAAUACUUUAAUCCGAUUUGAAAUUCGAGAAGGGCAGAAGAACUCGAAGUAGGCUUGUUAGUCAAACAUCACUAUAAGCUACUGAUAUUAAUGUUUAUUAAAGCCAAAGAUCGUCUUCGUAACACUUUAUAUAAAGUCGAAGAAUAUUACAACAUAAGCAAUAAAGAAAUAUACUUUCUACUACUUCA